UGCCAAUGAUCUGAUUGAACCUUUUUUAUUACAGGUGUGCUUAGGUAUGUAUUAAUCUGGCAAUAGGAUUUGAAACUGCUUAUGGAUUGAUCUACAUCUUAUCAACCGAAAUGAAGGUUACCUAGUCUUACUGAAUGGAUAAAAAAUUAAGUCAAGAAAAAUCAGAAAGGUGAUCAAGCUUACUACAAUACUACAUGCUUAUCCCCUACACAUUCAUAUUGGAUACUGGUUUAACAUGUCAAGAAAAUAACAUGGAAGAAUGAAAAGACGCAAAAUGAGGUAGAUAUCAUAGGAUUAUACAUCACAAUGGAUUAUUAUUAAGAUGAAACUAAGAUGUGAUUUGCACACAAAACUUAAAGAACCACACGUAAACAGUUAAAGAGAUUUGCCAUAGAGAUGACGAGUCUACUUCGCCCGAGGGAGGAGAUCGGGGAGGAUGGAGUUGAGGACAUGAUAAAUAUGAUUGAUUUGACUGAAUCGUCCCUCCAAGAAAACUUACGAACAAGAUAUACAAAGCUAAAAAUAUAUACAUACACAGGCAGUAUUCUUGUGGCAGUAAACCCGUACAAAUAUUUUGACAUCUACAACUUAGACAUGGUAAAGCGCUAUGAGGGUCAAGUUAUAGGAGCCCUACCUCCUCAUCUGUUUGCCAUUGCCAGUGCUGCUUAUAGUGCCAUAUUGAAGGACAACGAAGACCAAGUCAUUGUCAUCAGUGGGGAAUCGGGAGCAGGGAAGACGGAAAGUUUUAAACUUUUGAUGCAGUAUCUCGCAGCUGUCAACACUGGACAGACCAAUCAAGUGACAGAACAGAUCCUUGAGGCCACACCUCUUUUGGAAUCAUUCGGCAAUGCGAAAACCAUACGAAAUGACAACUCCAGUAGAUUUGGCAAAUAUGUGGAAGUUUAUUUUCACAAUGGAAGAAUAUCAGGAGCCAGAACAUCAGAAUACUUACUGGAAAAGUCUCGUAUUGUGACGCAGGCCAAUGAUGAGAGAAAUUACCACGUUUUCUACGAGAUGUUAGCUGGCUUGAACAAAUCUGACCGAGAGAAAUACGGAUUACUAUCUGCCGAUAAAUAUUUUUACUUACAACAGGGCGGCAAUUGCACAAUCGGAAGCAAAAGCGACAAAAAUGACUUCCAACGUGUUAUCGCUGCACUGGAGGUCCUCAACUUCUCAUUGGAUGAACAAGAUACGAUAUUCAAGAUCCUCGCAUCAGUGUUGCAUCUUGGGAAUGUUUAUUUUAAGCGGGCACAAGUCAACAAUCACGAUACUGUUGAAAUUGGCAGCUUGACUGAGCUGCAAUGGGUUUCACAUUUGUUACAGCUAGAUGAACAAGGUUUGGCGGAAGCUGUCACCAUGAAAGUAACGGAGGCGCGACAAGAAAGAAUGCUCACUCCACUAUCCAUAGACCAAGCACUGGAUGCAAGGGAUGCAAUAGCGAAGGCCUUAUAUGCUCAACUUUUUACCUGGCUGGUCCAGCGAGUCAACAAGGCAGUUUAUCAAAGCAACAAACAGAGUUCCAUAGCAAUACUAGAUAUAUUUGGCUUUGAGGAUUUCAAACUGAACAGCUUUGAACAGCUGUGUAUUAACUAUGCCAACGAGAGCCUUCACUUCUACUUCAACCGUCACAUCUUUAAGAUAGAGCAACAAGAAUAUCAGAGAGAACGGAUUGCUUGGACAUCGAUAGAUUACAUUGAUAACCAACUAGUUUUGGACCUGAUUGCCAAGAAACCAUAUGGGAUUAUAUAUCUACUGGAUGAUGAGAGUAACUUCCCAAAGGGUACAGACAGUUCAUUCUUGGAGAAAUGCCACUUCACCCAUACAGAGCAUCUACUUUAUGACAAGCCUAGAAUGUCAUCUCCAGAGUUUACCAUCAAGCACUAUGCAGGCCCUAUCACAUACAAUGUAAAGAAUUUCCUUGACAAGAACAAGGAUACACUAAGGCAAGAUGCCCUGGCCCUACUAACUGACAGCAAUAACCAGAUGAUAUCAACAUUAUUUCAAGAGAUGCGAGAUAGCGCACUUCAAAAAACGACAAAUAAAACAACUGGACGGUAUGUCACACUUAAGCCAAAGACGCCAACUGUGACGGCGAGUUUCCAUGACUCUCUGGAGGCACUUAUGCAAUCAAUGUCAAGAUGCAACCCAUUCUUUGUGAGAUGUAUUAAACCAAACAACACCAAGGCUCCAAUGGUAUUUGACGACAAAGUGGUAGUUAUGCAGCUGCGGUACUUGGGAAUGAUCGACACAAUCAAAAUACGACGACUCGGCUAUCCUGUCAGAAUGAGAUUCCAAGCCUUUAUAGAUAGAUACCAAGUAUUACUAAAGGGUAGGCAGUUACCAAAGACUAAGGCCAUCCAAGACAAAUGUGAGUUCAUCCUUCAGACUGCCACUCCUUCAACUCAUGCCAACCAGUAUCAAAUAGGAGCAACCAAGGUGUUUCUGAGAGAGGAGCUAGGAAGAUACUUUGAGAUGCAGCAGAACACAUUGGUGAAUGAGGCGAUCAUUUUGAUACAGAAGAUGACGCGGGGCUUUAUUGUGAGGAAAAGGUACCAGGUCAAGAGGAGGUCAACGAGGGUUAUUCAGGCGCAUGUGAGACGUUGGAUACACAGACGUCGUCUUCAGAUUAUGAUCAAUGGUUUCACAAAACUACAAGCUCAGCAUCGUAUGCGCUCCCAGCGUAAGACAUUCAUCCAUUUAAGGGAUGAAUUCCGACGAAAUCGCCACGAGGAGAUGAUAAACCGUAAAAACAAUCGAGAAACUACAGAACAAGACAAAGAUAUGAAAGACAUAAGUCAAGCACACGGGUCAUGGUACACAAGGCUGUACAAGGUAAAAACUUUAGCAUGAGGCACUAAUUUAAAGGAGAGACAGGCCAGAACUACAAUGGGUGUCGCAAAGCUAGAGAUACCACCUGAAUUGGCCUUCAUCUUCAGCAAGCUGGAUGACUGGCAGCCAUUACAUGUUGAACGUAAUGUUGUUAAUGUGAUUGGAAACAUCCCACCACAAGAAUACCAGUUCCUUUUGCCCAAAGAUAUCAACUCUUAUGUCUUCACCAAGUAUUCUAACACAUACUUUAGCAGAAAUGUGGAGUUUGGAAUGCUUAAGUCUCCCGUAAAGAUUCCAUUUCUGAAUCAAGACACGCCAUCUAACAGAGAAGAUGCCGUCGCCCUCUUUAGUCUGAUCCUGCGAUUCAUGAAUGAUGCUAACCUCAGUGGCAAGAGAGAGCUUGCCCUGGCUGCUUACAUUGUACAUAUGGGUAUAUCUAGUGAGGGGCUUAGAGAUGAAAUCUAUGUACAGCUAUGCAAUCAGACCUGGGGCAAUGAUAACCCUGCUAACUGUGAGAGAGGAUGGUGGCUCAUGGCUAAUUGCCUCAGUUGUUUCCCACCCUCAUCCACCAGCAGCAAGUAUCUCCUCAAAUAUAUUUCUGACCAAGCAUACAAUGGUUACAAAGCCUACUGUCAGCACAAGCUACUGCAAUGCACAGACCACAAGGAAGGCAUUCUAGCAAGAACUUACCCCAUUAACUUGCUAGAGUCGCGAGCAGCCAGAAAACGUGCCAACAUGGCCGUAGAGGUCCAAUUCACAGAUGGAGAAAAAGGAAAAGCUCACUGCGAAUCCUGGACAACUGGCGAGGAGCUAACAGCCCACAUUCUACGUUCCCGUCAUGUUGCCCAGAGUUCCCAUGGCUGGACAGUCGCAUUGAAAGAUGACAGAGACAUCUAUGAGCUCAGCGGGACAGAUUAUGUCAUGGAUUUAAUAGCAGAAUUGGAACAACCACCUAACUUUCCAUGCAAUAAGUCGUACUUCCUGAUAUCAAGAGAUAAGGGAUAUAGGGAAACACCCGGACAUAAAAGACCUGGAACGCAACAUGAUCCUGAUAAGAUAAACAUCAUGGAACUAAGUGAUCUUGGUAUUAAGGAACUUGACCGCCCGAUCCCAGUUCCUCUGCCAGAAGCCCCAAGUUUGGACAGGGGACCAUCUGAUGAGGACAAUGAGUUCAAUGUGGCCAUAAGAAAUCGCCAUUUAAGAGCAUCAGAGAAAGAGCGCCCAACACCAAAGAAAGCACCUCCCCCUCCCGCUCCUCUUUCCGUGCCCCCAGCCUUGCCACCUCCAAGGGAAAGUCCCCCUUUACCUAAGAAGGAGGAGUUUUUUGCGAAUGGUACUGGAGACGAUCUCGGCCCAUCAAGAAUGAAUGAUCGAUACAGAGCUGAGAAGGAUAUUGCUCUUGCCAGAAAUAAGCUGAACCAAAGAUAUAAUGAGCUUGAAGAGACUGAUGGCAAGCCAGCAAAAGGAGGAUUGAAUAGCAGAUAUACUGAUAAAAAGGGCAAAGUCAACGACCCAGAUUUAUCAAAGAAUAAAUUAAACGAACGCUACAAUGCAAAAACCAAUGGGCAUGUACCAAAUGGUAACGUCAAAUCACAAAUGAAUCGAGAUAGAACUUUUUCACUUGGAUCAGAGGGCGCUACUUCAGCCCCCAGAGAUAUGGAUGUCUGGCUCGAUCGAGUAUUUGAUCCCGUACUUGAUGAUGAAAAUGUGAAUGAUCUAAGUGAUGCUAGAUCAGUUGAAAGAGUCCUUAGAGGAGGGGGGAAAGGUAUCCCAGGAGUCACCUCACAGCCUGCUGGACCUAUGGGUCUAACUGUGAACACUUCACUGGCUAACGGUGGUAUGGGUGUGGGCGGUGUACUAGGUGCAGGGGUACCCUUAGGACCUACAGAUCAAAUUGAUACUGAAGGUCUAAACCUCAAAGAGAAAAAUGUCAAGAAUUUUUACCAUACCUUGGAUAUGGAAAGGGAUAAAGAGAUAUUGGGAGUUGAGUCAGAACCCAAAGAACCUCCAAGUAAAUCUAUCAUUAAAAAACUAAUCCCCAAGGGUAAAGAUCCCAAAUUAAAAUCUCCUGAAAAGAGUCAAGAUUCAAAAGAUUCGCCUAAUACCAAAAAUGAAGGCCCCCCAGUACCCCCUAGAAAUGAAGAGCAAGGUCCAAUCGAUAAUUCCUACCUUACCUUGCUUGAUCCGAGAGCUAGUUCUACCUCAGAAGAUUCCUUUAUGGAGAAAGCUAAUGCAAUUCUUGAAGAUUACCUACAGCCUGUGAAGACACCAGACAAAACUGCAAACCCUGCUGUUGCCAGUGCUCCUUCAAAUGCUACCACCACAAAAGAUCCAGAUAAACGAAACUCUGGAUAUGAGAGGCCAAAGCUAUCAAAACGAGAGCUAUAUGAUAUCAAAAAGAAGUCUCAGGCUCACUAUGAUCCAAAUGCAGUCAGCUACACUGCACUCCAGCCAAAGAUCAAGGAGAAAACAGAACCAAAAGAUCCAGUGAAAGGGGCAAAUAAUGUUACAAAUGUAAGAGUAACUCCACCAACAAAUAAAGAUGUUAACAAAGAACAAAAGGUAAACAAUGUUAAAAAAGAACCAGAGGUGAAAGCCACCCAACCUAAAGCAAACAUUCCAAAACCAAUAGAUGACACUAGCCAGAUGAAAAGUAAAUUAAAUGACAAGAAACCAGUCACUCAAACUCAAACACAAGCCAAACCAGCUACUUCCAAAACUCCAGUAUCAAAUGACAAUAACCCUGUUGCCCAAUCACAACCAAAGGCUCCUGAGGUAAAGCCUGAUAAGACAAAGGAGAAUGCCAAGGAAUCUGAACCUAAUGAACCCAGAAUCAUUGUAAAGGCAUCAACAAAAUUUGAUGAGAAAAUUCCUAAAGUGAGCCUCAAGGAUCGGAAAGCUCUAUUCCUUCAGACAGAUGCACCUAAAUUCCCUGAACCCAUUAACCAGAAGAAAACAAAAACUACAGCUGAUGAGAAUAUUUAUACACCUGAACCAGAUAAAGGAACAGUUAUAGCACAUUUUGAGGAUCCUUCAUUCGAACCACCUCCACCAUUACCAGUUCCAACUGUUCCUGAAAUUGAACCUGUAGCCACCAAAGUCUCAAUUCCCACUCCAGUGGUUUCAAAGUCUGUUACUUUUGGUACACCUCCAUUGGCUACACCACUUGUGCCAGUAAGUAAAAUAACAACCACUGGGAUCAAGAAUGUCACCCCAAUUGAAGCCCAAAGUAUUUCAACUACAGGGGUUCAGACUCAGCUCCCAUUUCCAGUCUCAAACCCACAGGGCCAGACACCCUUUCCUUCAGCAUAUGGAGCAUUUUCAACAGCACCUGUUGUUGAUCCAAUGGCAGUUGCACAACAAGUGGCUAUUCAACAGGCAGCUGCACAACAGGCAGCUGUACAACAGGCAGCAGCUCAGCAGGCAGCUGUACAACAAGCAGCUGCUCAACAGUUAGCUGCACAACAAGCUGCCCAGCAGUUAGCUGCACAACAGGCUGCACAGCAACAAGCUGCACAACAACUAGCUGCCCAACAAGCUGCCCAGCAGUUCACACAGCAGCAAACUUUGACACAAAUUAAUGCCCAGCAACAGCAGACAGCACAGCUGCAAUCACAGCUGCAGAACCAGACAUUGCAGAAUCAGAUCCUACAGCAGACCAUACAAACAGAGACUUUGAAGCAACAGCUGACAAGUAUGCAGUCCCCACCACCAACAAAGGCCCCUGCCCCUGUGGUGUCCCCACAGGCAUCCUAUGCUCCCCAGUUUAAUGGCCUAGAAGAGCCCCCUAAGUUUUCAUACAAGAAACAGGUUGAUAGGACCAAAGCCCCUGCCAAGGGGGAGGUGGAUGCAGGUUCUCAAGGUGGAUUUGGAACUCUGAAAGGGCAGUUUGAGAAACGACAGGUUGAUCAUCCAAGGCAAUAUGUACCUCCUCCACCACCCCCUAUUGUCACCAAUGGGGAUGUCCCUGAAAAAGGAGUUAAAUUUUCCGAAAGUGUUCAGACAAUAUCGCCUGUGUCUCCAGAUCCCCCUAAAGAGACAAAGGAAAUUGGGACUGUAGCUCCUAAAUCUUUACCUCCUUCACCGCCAUCAACUCCUGCGCCACCCCCUCCCCCAGUUCCUACAAUGUCAUCUUCCAAGACAUCAUCAGAAAACAAUGACACGCACCACCUAGAUGCUGAAGAAAGAGCAAGGACUAUCAAAAUCGGUAAAUUUGCCUGGCCUCCGAAGCAAGAAGUUGUCGAGAAAGAGGCAGUAAAAGUGAACAAGCUUCUGAUAGAUGAAGCCAAGGUGGACACCGAGAUUCAGAAACCUGCAACAAACCAGGAGCGCCAUGAUCGCACCAUGGAGUUGAUUAGGUCUCGUAGUAUGGAUGCUAAAACGGCCGCAACAGCCCUCAAAGAACUGAAAAAGGAAAAUAAGACGCCUGAAAUUCAGCACAUCGACAUGAAGGACCGUGCAAACAAACUGGAGAAAUUAAUGGCGAACAAGACCCCCACUGGUAGCGUUAAAGCCCUCCCUCCACCACCCCCUCCCCCUCAACCAGAGCCAGUAGUUCAGGCCACGAAAGCAACCGAGGAGGAACAGAUAUAUGAUACCAUAUUGCCAGUUACCAAUAUUGAUGAUGUAGCAGUUACUCAAGUUGAUCCGUCAAUGCUGGAGAAUAUUCAGACAGAGCUGUAUGGCCCAAACACCGCCCCAUACUACAUGUACAAUAAAACCCCUUGGGAGCUUCUUGUUAGGAAGGAGGUAUUUUCACCAAAUGAAAAGUUGGACAAUCCACUAGCAUUAACCCUCACAAUGUGCCAAAUUGUUAUGGAUGUGUAUGAGUAUCCAUGUAUUAGACUGAACAGAGAAGAAAAGGUCAAGAUGAGACAUCUCUUAGAGAGCCACAACGUUACAGUGGAGAAUAUGACUUCCAGCAACCAUAAGGGUCAGACCAAGAGAACAGUGGUUGAGUUAGCCAAAGACUUCCCCCUUUACUUCAGUAGAUUGUUUCCUAUAAAUGGAGGCAGUAAGCUUUCCAGGCCCCAUAUGCUAGCAGUCAGCCAUGCAGGUAUACAUCUAUGCAAAAGAGACCAAGAAGCAAAUGAACACACCAUCAAAAUACUGCAGUCGCAUAAAUUUGACAAAAUAAUUGAUGUCAGUGUCCCGAAAAAACAUACAGUACAAAUACGUCUUGCUGAUGAUUGGUUGAUACUUUACACCAAUAGGGCAAAACAGAUCAAAAUGAUGAUAGAAGCCUAUUGCAUUGAAUGUGAAAAGGAGACGACCUAUGUGAGAGCGUUGAAGGAUUACAUCACUCGGGAAUCAACUUUACUCAGCUUUAUGAAGGGAGACAUCAUAGUAUUAACAAAUAGAGAUAUGUAUAUGGACAGAGGCUGGCUGUAUGGGUCAUUACAAGGUAGAACUGGAGCAUUUCCAACAGAAUAUGUGAAACCUUUAGCGAGGCAUGAGCUCAUACGUAAGGAGAGCAGUUUAUAUAAGCCUCCGGAGCGACCUAUUAUUCCUGUAACCACAGUAGCAGCAAUACCUGAGCCUGUUCGGGAACGCAGGGAGGAACCCCCACCUGAGCCCCAAAGUUCACAAUUCUCCCCACAAGAGCCCCUCAUGAUCUUCCAUGAUGACCCAGUCAGAGUCCUAGAUGAAGGCAGUGUCACUAGUCAAAGCAGUUCUGUUAUGCGAGAUGGUAAAUAUUCUAUGAUGGAGUUUGCAAUGCUACAUUUUAGAGAAACCAUGGAUAGCAAUCGAAAACGAAGAUCUUUUGGGAGAAAAGGAAAGAAAACAGAUAGCUGGUCAUGGAAAGAACAAGCAGAGCUUGUCAAGUGGACAAAGUCUCCUAUCCAGAUUUCUCUACUGAAGCACAGCAAUUCAAAGCUCAAUAAGAUGGCACUGGAGUGCUUCAUUUCAAUAAUGCGGUACAUGGGAGACUACCCUCUAGCCAAGAACCAGAAGUUGGUAGACUGUGUACAUGCUGUUCUUACUGCUUGCCAUUAUCAUGCUGAUCUCCGAGAUGAGGUCUAUGUGCAACUCUGUAAGCAGACUACCAGUAAUAGGAGCACAAAACCGUUUAGCUGUCAGAGGGGCUGGCGGUUGAUGUCAAUUAUGUGUGCAUACUACAAUACCUCAGACAUUCUCAGGCCCUACCUUAUGACAUAUCUAGAAAAUGCUGCCUACAAUUCAUCUAGGCAGUACCAUGGCUUGGCUUCAGUUUGUCUUCAAAAUAUACGAAAAACACUAAAAUAUGGUGGUAGAAAAAAUAUCCCCACUUCUGUAGAAAUUGACCAAGUGACAGUUGGACGUAUAACAAAACGUCAACUCAUCGUGCUUCCUGGUGGAACACCAUUUGUGAUGCAGUCAAAAUCGACGACAGUUGUGGAAGAUGUAGUCGAAGCUAUUUGCCAAGAACUUCACAUCUCAAAUGAUAUUGAGACGGAAGAAUAUGCAAUAUUUUAUGUAGUUGAAAAAGAAAACUUAUAUUGCCCACUGACAAGGAAUGAGUAUAUAUUUGACAUCACAACGGAACUGAUGAUUCAACGCAAAGAAUUUUACCUGCUUUUCCAGAGGACAAGUUGGUUUUUCCCAUUGCGACUAGAAGGCAGUAGUGACCUCUAUAUUGACAUUAUCUACAAUCAGUGUAUUCCUGACUACCUAGAUGGGCUAUUGCUACUCAUACAAGAGGGUGGGGCACUCACACCUGAGAUGACGAUGGAUGUUGCCAGAUUGGCCGCCCUUCAGCACAGAGCUAGUGGACUUAACAACUUACCUACUGUGAAGGAUGUGCAGUCCCUACUUCCAGCAGUUAUUCCAGACCUGCCCAACAUGAAACCACAGCAAUGGGUGAAUAUUGUACAUGAUAAACUAGAGGAGACAACAAAGUUUACACCCACUGGGGCCAAGGCUGCUUUCUUGGACAUCCUUUCGAAGUGGUCACUGUACGGGUCAACGUUCUUUGCUCUGAAGGCUGUUGGUGAUGCAAGAAUUCCCUCUCGCUGUCUCUUAGCAAUCAACAAGAAAGGAGUCCAUUUCUUGGAUAUUAUGUCUCAUGCUGUACAGAUAUCUUACUCAUUUAGUGACAUUAUAUCUUCACGGAGAUUCAAGAGCGAAGCAGGGGUGCAAUUCCUCGAUAUGAAGUGUGGGAACCUCAUGAUGCAGAAAGUCACUCGGAUAGAAACCGAUCAGGGAGCUGAGAUAUCAUCACUUAUAGGACAAUACAUUCAAUUGAUAAGCAAAGGACGGCUCCCUAAAUGAUAAUGACCUGUUACAUGAAGAAAAAAUCAGACUCGAUUGUGAUAAUCACUCAUUGCAUGAAGAAAACAGUUUGCUGUAUCUUGCUAACAUCUUUCCCCGAAUUGUGAACAGUUCACUCAACAUAAGAACAUUUUCUUCCAAAUAUGAACAGUUGCUUGUUCCAAGUACUCAUAAUCGUGGGUUCAGGCUGUACAAUAAGGUUGCAGAUGUGACUGACUAUAGAUAAGCUGUUACAGUUAUUACUAAAUCUUAGUUACCUGUUAAUUACGUUCUAGUCUUGUUCGUUAACUGAAAUAUACAGACCUACCCUAGAAAUAUUUAUAAACCAUUUUGAUCAGAACAAUACACCAAAUACAGACAUAGUAAUUUCCAUUUAGUGGGUGGAUAGUAGAAUGUAAAACAAAAAGUGUGAACAAAGUUGGAAAUAUGAAGAUUUUGUGGAAAUCAUUUGAGAUGACCCCCCCCCCCCAUCAAGAAAUUCUAGGGUAGGACUACAUCUUUAAAUUUAUUUUAUUAUUUAAUUAUAAACACAUAUGUUCUGGAUAUAAUGAGCAAUUUGAUGAUAUCUAACAAAAUAUGUGAUUAUAUUCACUUUCAAAUUCAUAUAAGAUGUAUGAUUAAAUGAAUUUAUAUCAUAGAUUACACAAAAUGCAAACAUACAUAGGUAUUUGAAGCUAACCAGUUUACUCAACUGUAGCUAUUACAGUGAAAAUGUUUUUUUUAAAUGAUUAAUUGAUAAGUUUCUGAGAGCAACACAGCAAAUUGAAAUUGACUUUCAUUUACAUCACAGGGCUGUGUAUAGUCAAUGUAAUGGUCACUGUAAUAGUCAGUUGAAAUAGUCAAUUGAAAUAGUCAGAGUCAAUUCUGAACUUAUAUUUUUACAAUAUCUUGCAAUACACCAUUCCAAAAUGGUUUCAUGCUUAUACAUAAUCAUUAAUAUUGUAUAUAUUCUGAGGAUCAAUGUGUAUAUACAUUUACUGUCAAAACCAGUAGUUUGGUGGUUUUUAUGUUUAUUUCGUUCACCAUUUUUACCAUGUGCUAAAGGAGGUGAUACAAGCCUAUACUGAAAAAUGGCACAUUUUCGACAGUAUGCCAUGUAUGCAAUAUUCUGUGCUGUACAUUGUAAAUAAGUACAUACAUCAAGUGAAAUAUACAACUGUAAAAGCUGAGAUGUUGAACAAUUCUAUCUAAGUAGAUCAUCUUUGAACAACUUUGUACGCUGAUGAACACCUUUGUACACUGAUGAAACCUUUGUACACUGAUGAAACCU